AUGGGAAAAACCAUUGCAGCAUUUGUGUUCCUUCAAAUAAUCUCCAUUUGCAGUUCAUGGCCGCUAUCGACGAACUCGCGGUGGAUAGUGGACGACGCGAGUGGGCAGCGCGUGAAGCUGGCGUGCGUGAACUGGCCUUCGCACUUAGAGCCGAUGAUCGCAGAGGGCGUAGAGAAGAAGCCGGUGAGCGAGAUAGCGCGGAAGAUAACCGCAAGCGGCUUCAAUUGCGUGAGGUUCACGUGGGCGACGCACAUGUUCACGAGGCCGGAAUACAGAAACCUUAAAGUCUCGGAAUCAUUGGAUAAGUACAAUCUGUCGGCGGCGAGAGACGGCAUUGUUAGAAAUAACCCUCAUAUUCUGAACAUGACGGUGGUCGAGCUUCACAAGGCGGUGGUGGAUGAGCUCGGGAGGAAUAAGCUGAUGGUGGUGCUCGAUAACCACAUCGGCCGCCCGGGGUGGUGCUGCAGCGACAACGACGGGAAUGGCUUCUUUAACGACCCUGAUUUUAACCCGUGGGAGUGGGAGCGAGGCUUGGUUACCGUCGCUAAGGCGUAUCUGGGUAACCCUGCGGUGGUGGGUAUGAGCUUGAGGAAUGAGCUACGAGGUAGUCGACAAAAUGAGUUAAACUGGUACCAAUACAUGCGGGUAGGAGCCAAUCUAGUCCACAAUCAAAACCCAGAUGUCCUAGUCAUCGUCUCCGGUUUAAGCUACGCUGGCAACCUCGCUUUCCUCAAGUCCCAACCGCUAGAUCAUAUACCCUCCAACAAAUCAGUUUACGAAGGACAUUGGUAUUCCUUUGGCAUUCCUGCUGAUAAAUGGGCUGCUCAAACUAACCAGAUAUGUGCUUCUGUCACGAAAGCCACCACAGACAAUCUUCUUUUCUUGACUCAAGGGGACAACCCUUUCCCCCUUUUUUUAAGUGAAUUUGGGAUUAAUCAAAGAGGUGACAAUGAGGCCGACAACAGAUACAUAGGUUGUCUCUUGGCAGCUGUUGCUGAGCUCGAUCUCGACUGGGCUUUGUGGGCUUUACAAGGCAGCUAUCUUCUUAGAGAAGGAACUGUUAAUCUUGAAGAAUUUGAUGGUGUUCUUGACUUUAAUUGGGACCGUAUCAGAAACCCUUCAUUUCUUGAUAAAUUGCAGGCUAUUCAACACAUUAAUCAAGAUUUCAAGUCCGAGCAUCCAACAUACUAUAAAAUGUUCCACCCUUUGAGUGGGCAUUGUGUGCAAAUAGUGGAGAAUUGGAUAGUUGUGGCAAACUGCAAAAAUGCAAGCAAAUGGGAGCAACAUCAAGAUGAUGGGCCUAUCAAGCUAGUUGGGAGCCCACAGUGCUUGGGGGUGGCCGUAGACGAGGAGGCGCCUCGUGUAUCGGAGGAUUGUUCGAGCAAGUGGAAGUAUGUGUCAAGUACUGGUCUGCAUUUAGCUGCACAUGGUGGAAAUGGAGGAUAUUUGUGCUUAGAAAUGAAUGCUCCUGAUUCUAAACUUAUUACAAAGAAAUGCUUAUGUGUAGGAGAUAAUCUUGUUGAUUUGCCUACUUGUGCUCACAAUCCACAAGCUCAAUGGUUUAAGUUUAUUCCAUCAAAUAUUUGA